UUCGUGCUGAAACUGCUCAAGUUAUUGCAACAUUUUGUUCCAACGAAAAAAUCUCAACCAACGAAGACUUUUUAAAAUAUAUUCCUCAAUUGUUGAAAGUGUUGCCUAGGGCAAUGAGCAAGACAUGUUCUCCAACAAUUGGACAAGAAGAUUUAACAUUUCAAUAUUCUCGAAUGGAUUAUGAAAAUAAAGAGGAUUUGCAGAGAGAAUAUUUAAGGAUACGUGAAUACUGCCUUCGAAUAAUUCGAGAAACAAUGCCAAAUCAUUUUGAUAAAUUAUUUGAUGUGGUAAAUGAUUGGGUAAUGAAUCGUUGUAUUGUACAGCCUCAAGAAGGUUUUUCUUUAAAAAAUUUUUUUUAAUUUUAACCCUGGGAACAUUAAUCACGUCAAGUCCAUUUUACUUUGAGCUACAUUUAGGACUAUAUGGAUAUUUUUUAGGUACUACUAAAUUUUUUUGUUAUGAUUGGACAUGGGUAUUAGAUGAAAAUCUCCUUCUAACAAUAGGAGACCUUUUGUAUAUGCGUUCCUAUUAAGAUUUAUAGAGAAUAGGUACAUAUUUUUCAAUUAAUUACAAGGGCGUAUUAUAUUAGCCCCUUUGGAUAUGCGCGUAAUUGCAAAGACAUAUUUAGGGGUCAAUGUUAGCCCCCCCCCUUUCAAAAAACCUCCGAUUCCUUGGAUACGCUUUUGUUUUUUUGUGUCUUUUUAAAAAUAUUUUUUUCUUUUUUUCCAGUAACUUCAGAUGAAUGGGAAUUAAUGAAACGUUUUUUAACUGCAGUAAUAUCAGGUUCAUAUCAAAAUGAAUUGUUAACAACAUUGGAAGUUCGAAAAAAAUAUUUGCAAUUAUUUGAUGUUAUUUUCAAUUGUUGUUUAAAUAUUUUAAAUAAUUCCUCGGG